AUGCAACCACUAUUGAACCCCACAUCCGCAGCGCCAAAGCGAAAGCACCCCUCCUACUCAGGCGUCGCUCCAUCCUUCGCUCCAGAGUCAGCAGCUGGACCUUCCUCCUCAUCAGCAGGGAAGCGCACCCGCUUCGCCGACCAGGAAAGCGACGAAGCGCAUGCUCAGGGCUCCCUCCCCGGCGUGGAUAUCGAUCUUCUUGAACAAGAUGCAAAACGCAAUCAGCAAGGGCGCAAAGGUAGAAUUGUAACGGAUGGCUAUGACAGCGAGGGGGAGAGCGAAGAUGAGGAAGAGGAGCAGGACAAGGAUCAAGAGGAUGGAGAUGGUGGCCUUGAACCAGAUGGAGCAGACGAAGAGGAGGAAGACAUGUUUGGUGAUGGAAACGCCGGGGACGUAGACGUCGCAAAAGCAAGAGCGAAAGGCAAGGAGCAAGACAAGAAGAAGAAGGGCGGGAAAGAGGGAUAUCUUGAGCUGGGCGAUAUUGAAGGGCAAGAAUUUGAUGCCCAGCGCGAUCAGACGGGAGACGUGCUAAGCGAUGAGAGCGAUAGAGAUGAGGAACGUGACCCUGAGCUGGAGCUAGAGGGCGAGGACGAGGACGACGAUGAAGACGACGGAGAAGGUGGCGACGCCAAGGGCAAAGGCAAAGCGAAAGCAGGCAAAAAGGGAAAGAGCGCCGACCCUUUCGACGACAUGGGACACAAACUCUCCUCUUUCAAUAUGAAAAGCGAAAUGCAGUCGGGUCGAUUCGACUCAGAGGGCAACUAUCAAGCGAACGCCCGAGACCCGCACGCAGAGCACGAUGCUUGGCUAGCCGGCAACUAUUCGCGCAAGUCGAUCAAAGCCGCUCGUGAGGCCAAAGAGAAGCGCGAGCAAGAGGCGAGGAUUCAGGAGAGGGAAGAGAAGCGAGAAGUGCAAGAGGAGGAUGGGCGAUGGGGCAUGGUCCGGGAGAUGGUGGAGAUGAUGAAAGAGGAGGAGACGGUCUUGGAAACGCUGCAAAGGCUUGGAAAAGAGGCAAUGGGGCCAAGAGCGGAGGCGGCUAAAGCAGCCAAGCUGGCAGCAAAGGAGAAGCGAAAAGCAGGGAAGCUAGUUGAGAACGGGAAUGGAGAGGCGGCUUGCUCCUCAUCUACAGGCAAAGGCAAGGAAUCCGCCUCAGCCAAGCACCCUUCCAUCACCCGCAUCGAGCGCUUCACCGCUCUCGCAUCACGGCUUUCGGGCCUGACCGCAGGGCUGACGGACAUCUACGACGAGGAGUAUCGCUCCCUGCUCCGUCAGGUGCGACGAGCGGGCGUAGUCCCCCAGGAUUGGGAUCCGGCCGCAGCAGCGACCAAGGCAACGGAGCAACAAGGCAAUGGCGCUCCUGACAUUGGAGAUGAGGAGCAGUGGGAGUACAAAUGGGCCACAGCAGAAGACACGAGCUCGGCACCAGCUCAGACUUUCGGCCCCUUCAAGGCGCAAGACCUCGACGCGUGGAGAGGAGCGGGGUACUUCGGUGCUGAAGCAGGGGGUACGGAGAGGAUAUUGCUGAGAAGAAAACGAGACGGUGGCGGGGAAGAGAGCUGGAGGAGCUGGAGGGAGUGCUUUUCCGCGUAG